AUGCACGUAGGCUGGAUAUGUAGCUGUUCCCAAGAGCCAAAGUCCAUUUACUUUCUCAACGUAUGUCGCGCAUGCCAGCAUAUAUCUUGCCAUCAGUGCCAAAAACCAGAACUGGCCGUAAAGUUCUGUCCCGGAUGCUACUCGACAGUCGAUAGUGGGAGCCUAACGCAAUGCAUUAAAAAUUGUUUAGAGUGUCCAAAAUGCCAAAAUCAGUUGGUUGCGACAACCGACGGUCGACGACUUUCUGACAAAAAAGAACUGAUACUGAGCUGCCAUGGCUGUGGAUGGACCUAUCAAACUGACGAAUUGAAGAAUGCUCGAUCUCAAGGUCUGGCUCUUUAUUUCGACUCAUUGCGCCAAAAAUCAGACCCGCAAUUGGCCAGGUUCCGUGAUCUACGGGCCUUCUACAACACCAAACGGAAAUUAGAGGAAUUUGAAGCAAGGACCAACAAGGGUGUGCUUGAAACUCUGGAUGAAGCUACAUCUCGAGAACUAGCGGCUAAACUUCAAACUGCAAAACUGUUUGAAUUGAUUGACGAAGAACAUGCGGUUCCACUGCCGAAAAGAAAGUUUACACCUAACGAUUCUGAAAGGAAUUUGUCGUUACUACCACUGCCACGCAGACUUAAGGCAAAAUAUAACUACAAAUGUCCCAAAUGCGAUGCCUAUAUUACUAAGGUGUUUCCAGAUCCUAAGUCUUCGCGAUUCGUUCAACAAUCCUUUGCGACAGACCUCGUGCCAGACGUCAAAGCUGUUCCGCUGGCAACUGUCCAUUCAUCAGCCGACUGCACUUCAAAAGACGUGGCACUUGUUUUCAGGGUACCAGAGCAAGCUGCAAAGGUUACCAAGGUAUUAUUGACACCGCCAAUCAAUGCUUACUUACCCGUGUGCGAUUUCGAUCUCAAGCUUGAAAAUGGUUUUGUGCGGGCACAAACCCCAGAGGACGAUAUCAAACAAUUCAGUGCGCGCAUUCCGAGCUAUCUAUUAAGUCAGAGCCGUUUUUCGAAAAACUGUCUACAAACUUCGAGAAACACGCUUCAAGCUGACGUUGUGGAUGAGGGAGAUGGGUGGGCCAUAAUCCCAUUACAUCUGGAGGAUGAUUCCGAAUCCUACCAGGUGCAGAUGGACGUAUCCACCAACGAUAUUCAAGUAACGCUCCAGAUGGUUGUAUCUACAUAG